CUUCGUCCUGCUCAUCGCCAUUAAAGUUGCAGAAGAGAGAUCAAGAAAUACCCUGGUUUUAGAGAGAGAAACCCUUGCUUUUGAGAGGGAAACGAUGUCGAACCCCAAAGUGUUCUUCGACAUGGAGAUCGGUGGUGUGCCUUCUGGUCGCAUCGUAAUGGAGCUGUACGCCGACGUUGUUCCUCGCACUGCUGAGAACUUCAGAGCUUUGUGCACUGGUGAGAAGGGCAAGGGAAAAUCUGGUAAGCCCCUCCAUUUCAAGGGAUCAAAGUUUCACCGUGUGAUCCCUGGUUUCAUGUGUCAGGGUGGUGAUUUCACCUGUGGAAAUGGAACUGGAGGUGAAUCGAUCUAUGGCGAGAAGUUUCCCGAUGAAAACUUCAUCAAGAAGCACACUGGAGCUGGUAUUUUGUCGAUGGCAAACGCAGGGAAAAAUACCAAUGGCUCUCAGUUCUUUAUCUGCACGGCUAAGACUGCAUGGCUCGAUGGCAAGCAUGUGGUCUUUGGGCAAAUCGUGGAGGGAAUGGAUGUUGUUAAGGCUGUCGAGAAGGUGGGAUCUGAUUCGGGAAGGACCUCGAAGCCUGUUGUGGUUGCUGAUUGUGGUCAGCUUUGAAGCCAUUGCUAAAGCUUGGUUUUAAUUUUCGGGUUCUGGUUUCUCCUAUUUUCUUAAGGGGCUUUUGUGCUUGGUUUAGGUUUAUGCUAUGGUAGGGGGUUAUUGUAUGAGUUCUGUGGUGUUCUGGAUCUAUAUGUGCAUGUGAGUGCUUUGUUCAUCUCACUGUUUUACUUUUUUCUUUCCCUUUGGAGUCUUUGAUGUAGAGUUUUACUUGGAGAAUAAGAAAGAGUGGGACUUAAAAAUAACAUGCUCCUGUUUUAUUUUA